UAGAGAAGGAAGAAAUAUGAAAACUACCAAAAUAAAUUAAAAAAGAAAAUGAAAACUUUGGAAAGAGAUCAUUAAAAAACGUAACUGCAUUAAAAAAGAAAUUGAUUAGCUCAUGAAAGGAAGAAGCAGCCAAAAAGGGGACAAGAAAGCCACGAUUGCAGACUGGAAAAGAAAGGACAUCCCUUUUUCUAUGAACUCUUUGCUUCUCUUCUUUUUUGUACUGAUCAAUAAGAUUUUCGAAAAGACUCUGUUUUUAUAUGUGUGUGUAGACGAAACUUAAGAAACUAGCUUUUUCGGCAUCUGGGUCCCUCAAAAUCUCCGCCUUUUCCGUGCUCAAGUCUCAUCGCGAUGGGAGAGCGCAAGAAGAUUAUCAUCGAUACUGAUCCAGGAAUCGACGAUGCAAUGGCGAUAUUCGUGGCUCUAAAAUCACCAGAAGUUGAUGUGAUUGGCCUCACGACUAUCUAUGGGAACGUGUACACCACUCUCGCCACUCGAAACGCCUUGCAUUUGUUGGAGGUUGCGGGUAGGACGGAUAUUCCUGUGGCUGAAGGAACACAGAAAACUAUACUGAACGGUACAAAGCUUCGAAUUGCCGACUUUGUUCAUGGAAAAGAUGGGCUUGGCAAUCAAAAUUUCCCUCCACCUAAAGGAAAGCCAAUCGAAAAAACUGCACCUGAGUUCUUAGUUGAACAAGCUAAGCUUUACCCUGGCGAAAUCACUGUUGUUGCUUUGGGACCACUAACAAAUAUCGCACUGGCUGUUCAGCUAGAUCCUGAGUUUUCAAAAAAUGUCGGGCAAAUUGUUCUUCUUGGUGGAGCAUUCGCAGUAAACGGAAAUGUAAAUCCAGCUUCGGAAGCUAAUAUUUUUGGUGAUCCAGAAGCUGCAGAUAUUGUGUUCACAUGUGGGGCCGAUAUAAUUGCUGUGGGAAUCAACGUGACACAUCAAGUUAUUAUGACAGCUGAUGACAGGGACAAAUUGGCAUCAUCGAACGGGAAAUUAGCUCAAUACCUCUGUAAAAUCCUUGGUGUGUACUAUUCUUAUCAUCUUGAUGCUUACGAGAUCAAAGGUGUUUAUCUUCAUGAUCCAACGACGAUCCUUGCGGCUUUCCUUCCUUCUCUGUUCACUUAUACUGAAGGAGUUGUUAGAGUACAAACAAACGGCAUCACUAGAGGACUCACUUUACUGUACAACAAUCGAAAGAGAUUUGAGGAAUUGAACGAGUGGUCAGACAAACCAUCGGUAAAAGUGGCAGUUACGGUUGAUGCUCCUGCGGUCUUGAAUCUCAUAAUGGAUAGGCUUAUGGAGUCUUGAAGCUCAUAAUGGAUACAGAGGCUGACUUAUCUCUAUCUCUCUCGUUGAUGUUUCACUUCUUGUGAGCCAUUUCCAAUUGAAAUAAGGCUCUUCUUGCUAACUCUAUAUCAUUUGGGUGUUUUUUUUUAUAAUCUUUAUCAACCAUAUUUAUCAUCUGAUGAUCUAUCAAUAAUAAAGUCUAGUUCUUCCUUUU